AUGCCUCUCGUGCCCCGCUGUCUACGACUGUCAACCACAUCAUCUAUCCCACUAAGAAGAUAUCACGACUACUUAAAAGUCGCUACACCCGACGGGAGGUACGCGAGAGUGCCGCUCUCGAAUCCAAAAGUUAUUGGAGCGUAUUCUAUUAGGGGCACACGGUCGCACCAGGAAGACGCCUAUGCGGCAUACGCGAUCCACGUACCGCCGGACGAGAUACGGUCGAGCCUGGAGAAGAACUAUGGGAUGGUGUGGGAUCCUGGCACUCUUCCCUUAGUCAAGGACGGACAGUUGCUCUGGGUUGGGAUAUACGACGGUCACGGCGGCGCCCUCGUCUCCCGCUACCUACAACACCACCUACACGAGAUAUUCGAGUCCGUCCAACCCAGCGACAUCGAGCCCGCCGUCCAAUGGCUCAAGUCGCAAGGCGGAUACUUCCGACGCUGGCGAGGCGGCCUCCUCCAGCCGUACGUUGCCAACCCCUCCCACACCCCUCCCCUGCGACUCGAACAACGUGCCGAGUUAGCGUUUAUCGAAGCUGACCGCAGCCUCGCCCCUAAUGCUGUCAAUUGCGGGAGCACGGUUAGCGUGGCAUUGCUCAGGAGUGAGAAGCCUGUUGGGGCGCCGUUUUGGGAUGCUGAGGAACUGGAGUUGACGGUUGCUCACUGUGGAGACACAAGAGUGCUCCUAGCUUCUACAGAAGGGGGGAAAGUCACGCCUAUGACGGAACAUCAUCAUGCUGAGAUGCCGCGGGAGAGUGCGAGGCUCUUGAGGAUGGGGAGCGGGCUGGUUACGGACUCGUUUGGGGAGGCGAGGUGGAUGGGGGCGUUGGCUAAUACUAGGGGGCUAGGAGACGGCAGGUACAAGCCCUUCGGCGUCACCCCAGAACCAGAUAUGAAGCACCUGCAUCUACACGGCCCCUCCUGGUCCCACCUCGUGCUCGUCUCCGACGGCGUAGGCUCCAUAGCCUCAGACCAAGAGAUAGUGGACCUCGCGCGCUCAGCGCUCGACCCCUCCGCCGCUGCGCGCGCCAUUGUAGGGUAUGUCGAGGACCUGGGGGGGGAGGACAAUGCUACUGCUGUGGUUGUACCACUCCCGGGGUGGGGCAGGGUUAGGGGUGAGGAUAUGACAAGGGAAUUGAGGAGGUAUAGGAGGGAGGAAGCGAUUGGGAGUGAGAGGCAGAGGAGGAUGUAG